AUGGGAAUUGACCCACGUUACAGCGACAUCAUCAUACGGAUCCAGUUGACAGACACUGAAAAUGUGGACCCCAGAUCUUCCCAGUGUGAUGGACCAGUUGCCAAGAAGAGACGGACACAAGGCGAAGGUGGAUCCCAAUUAACGACAAAGGAGGCAGCUCACGCAGGGUCAAACCAUCAGACACCGGCCACCCCGGAGGGUAGAUGCCAAGAUUUCAACGCCUCAAAGUACUGCCUGGCCACAGGAUCGAAGUUCUUUCGGACCAUGCUGGACAGAUGGUCCCAAGAGCUCCAGCUGGGCUCUAGGUCGGUUCUAGAAGUCUGCCUCCAGGCCCACGAAAUGAAAGUUUUUGAAGCACUGCUGGAGUUCAUCCAUCACAAACAGAUCCCCACAGGGUUGCCUGCCAGAGAAUUGAUGGAACUCCUACUACUAGCAGACAGGUUUCUUGUUGAUGGGCUGGUAGGCCCUUGUGUUGAGCUCCUUAUCUCAUCCGAUAUGCACAUGGAUUUUGGAGCUGUUGUGAAGUCGCUGUGCAAAUUGGAGUGCUCUAGGCUGAGGGACGCACCUCCAAUCACUACUCUGCUGGAGGAGGGAAGGCAGAUGGUUGUGGACGUAUUUGAAAGUGCAGAACAGAUCAGCGACCCGUCGGAUUGGUGCUGGGAGGCUUUCCUGGACCUGCCCCUGGCAGCUGCCAAGCAUCUGUUGAUGCAGGACGGCCUGGAGACAACUGCGGAAGAGGCCGUCUUCUGCCUUGUGUCUGACUGGCUGGAAUGCAAUUUUGGGCCAAGCGAAAUGGGGAGUGAUGCCUAUUGCCAGGCAGCUUUGGAGCUAGGCGCUUGCGUCCGGUUCUGCCAGAUGCAUCCAUUCUAUUUGCAGGAGGUAGUCCCAUAUGUGGGAUGGAUGAGGAGGCUUGAUUCAUCUGAUUGGUGGGUACGCGAGGCGCUCAAGUUCCAUGACCAGAGGGGCUCUCCAGAAGCACUGGAAUCGGUUGAGCGAAGGGUGGGGUGCAGAUUCCGGCCCAGGACAAAGGCUGCAUUCUCACAUGUCCGCUUGAAUCUCUAUGACGAUGCGAACAUCAAAGUUCUCAGUGACGCGAUGAGGCACAGGGGGUAUGACUGGGAGCUUCGCUGUGUGAGUGAAGGUGGCAUCAACGGGACUGCAAGCAUCGGCUUGUGUGUAACGGUGCCGCACAGCAACAAGGAAAGGAACAGAACGUCGCCUGUUCUGCCUUCAUGCUCUGUCCCCAAGAGGGUCGUUUUUUGCAUACGCACAACCUCAGGAAUCCAUGAGGUGGUGUAUGAUUGGAAGGAUGCUGCUCUGGGCGAAUUUUGUGUAUAUGCUAAAAAGAAGAGAAGUUCACUUAUUGACAGCGAUGGCAGGAUAGAAAUAGAGAUGGUGGCGGACUUUGAUUCCAAAGAUCAGCCCCUGGUCUUCUUCGCACCCCUGAGACUGCUUAGAACGGAAUCAGCUUGA